AUGGGCCGGAGCGGUCCCUCAGCCCGCGAGAGCGAUGCUUCGCCCGGCCUGAGGGAUGAGACAGGAGCUUCCGCCGCUGCCCCGGGGCAGUUUGGAUUCAGCCCCCCGGAUUUUAACCCCAUGCAGCCGCCGGGCUCGGGACUGCUGCCGCCGCCCAUCAGCAGCGCGGUGCCCCAGCUCUCGCCCAAUUCCCAGCGGCGCACCCCUUACGAGUGGAUGAGGCGCAGUAUUCCCAGCACCAGCAGCAGCGGCAAGACCAGGACGAAAGACAAGUACCGGGUGGUGUACACAGACCACCAGCGCCUGGAGCUGGAGAAGGAGUUUCACUACAGCCGCUACAUCACCAUCCGCCGCAAAGCCGAGCUGGCCGUUGCCCUGGGGCUCACUGAACGGCAGGUGAAAAUCUGGUUUCAAAAUCGGAGGGCGAAGGAGAGGAAAGUGAACAAAAAGAAGAUGCAGCAGCAAAGCCAGCCCACCAGCACUACCACACCUACGCCUCCAGCUGUUGGCACGCCGGGGCCCAUCGGAGGCCUAUGCAGCAGCAGCGCCCCAAACCUUGUCUCCUCCUCUCCACUGACGAUCAAGGAGGAAUUCAUGCCUUAA